AAAAAAAAAAAACUGUGCAUUCCAUUCAGACCUACCAUCUCUGACCUCCUUUUGCUUUCCUCUGUUUCUCUCUUCUUCAUCUGAAAAAAAACGACAGACAGACAAAGACCAUGUCUUCGAUCCUUGGUUCCCAUGGCAUGGCUUUUGCCACCGCCAUGGCUGUCUCCGCCGGCACAGUUAUUCUCUUAGCUCUUCGUCUCUCCGAGGGUAAGACGAAGAAGACGAUGGUGAAGAAGAAGAAUAAGAAGAAGAGGGUUCAUUUCGCGGCGGACGUCGUCGAUCCGAGAGGCGACGGCGAAGAAUUCCGACGAAAAUCAAAGAUCGGAGACCGGUUUUCUUGUUCUGACGAGGAUUCGGACAAGCUCAAGAGAAAUGGUGGAAACAGAGGAAUGGCUGAAAACAGAGCAGUUCUUUACAGCGGUAUUCUCCGAGACCGGCCGGUUAACCACCGGUUUGCUAAUUACAAUUAUUCUCGUUAACCGAACCUGGUUUUGCUAAUCGACUGUGAGAAUUCGUGGAUCGGUUCCAAGAAAACUGUUUGCAUCUGAUAGGAAUCAAGGGUUGAGAAACCAAUCGAUGAACUCUAAGACGAUUGACCAUCUUUUUUUUCUAUUUAUUUAUGACAUGUUUAGUUUACAACAAUUUGUGUAAUUAAAGUCUUAAACCCAUUUAUGUAUA